UUUCCCUGAUCUUCAGAGGAGGAGUUGGUUGAUACUAAUGAGUUGAGUUGCCAGGCGAGGCAGGAACUUCAUUAGUAGCUUCGGAAAUUAUGCUGCCGCUUGCACCAUGAACUGGCUGUCUGGUUCCCAAGGAGUUGUUUUAACGGCUUACCACCCCAGUGGCACCAAUGAGGCGGCAAGGAAUCAGACUAAAGAGGGCGAAGAGACUUGCCCCGCAAGCCGCAGAUCUGGCCAAUAUACCAUGCACCAUGAAAAUUCUAAGAAGGCUACAGAGAGACCAGCCUUUGACCGCUCAAGUUCCCAAGAUUCCUUAGAUGAGUUGUCUAUGGAUGAUUAUUGGAAAGAACUUGAAAACAUCCAUGAAACCAGGAAAAACAGUCAUGAAGAGGAAGAAGUGGUUGUGGUGAAAGAACCAGAUGAGGGUGAAUUGGAAGAAGAGUGGCUAAAGGAGGCAGGCCUUUCAAAUCUUUUUGGUGAGAGUGCAGAAGACCCUGUAGAAAGCAUGGUGUUUCUAUCCACAUUGACCCGAACUCAGAAAGCAGCAGUACAGAAACGAGUGGAAACGGUCACACAAACCAUGAGGAAAAAAAAUAAACAGCACCAGGUUCCAGAUGUUAGAGAUAUCUUCAGAAUACAAAAUGACCCAAAGGAAAAAGUCUCCGAUGGGAAUGAGCCCCCAUCUGUGAAAACAAGUAUAAAUAAAAAUGAAAUGGAAGAGGAAGGAAAAGAUCCAGAGUUUAGCCUUGGUAUCCGUGAAAAAAACUUGCUCGAGGAUGUGACAGUUUCUGAAACGGACAUCAAUUUAGAGAUUUCAUUUGCAGAGCAGGCAGCCAAUAUCCAAGAUGACUCCAUAGACAAACUAUGUGGAGGCAAAGAAGAUGACACUCUGCUUCCUAAUUUCAGACUGCCAAAGGACAAAACAGGCACUACAAAGAUUGGCGACCUGGCCCCUCAGGACAUGAAGAAGGUCUAUUCUUUAGCACUGAUUGAACUAACUGCUCUUUAUGACAUACUCGGGACAGAAUUCAAACAACAAAAAGCUUUAAAAAUCAAAACCAAAGAUUCUGGUCUUUUUGGUGUCCCACUGUCAGUUUUGCUGGAACAAGAUCAGAAAAAAGUACCAGGCACCAAGAUACCACUGAUCUUACAAAAACUGAUUUCCCAGAUAGAAGAGGCAAGACUGGAUACAGAAGGACUUCUUCGAAUACCAGGAGUUGCAGCAAGAGUAAAGAGUCUUUGCCAAGAACUGGAAGCAAAAUUUUAUGAAGGGACUUUCAACUGGGAAAUGGUAAAGCAACAUGAUGCCGCAAGUCUUUUAAAACUCUUCAUACGAGAGCUGCCUCAGCCACUGCUUACUGUGGAAUAUCUCAAAGCUUUCCAGGAUGUACAGUAUCUUCCCACCAGGAAGCAACAGCUGCAAGCUCUGAAUCUUUUGGUACUCCUCCUACCUGAGGCAAACCGAGACAUGCUGAAGGUACUACUUGAAUUCCUCCAAAGGAUAAUUGAUUAUCGAGACAAAAAUAAAAUGACACUAAACAACAUUGCAAUGGUGAUGGCCCCAAACCUUUUCACAUUUCAUGGGUUUGGCUCAAAGAGUAUUGAACAAAAUGAGUUUGUUAUGGCUGCUGGAACAGCAAAUGUCAUGCGCUUUAUGAUCAAAUACCAAAAACUUCUUUGGACAAUACCUAAAUUCAUUGUCAACCAAGUGAGAAAGCAAAAUGCAGAAAGCCAGAGAAAGGAGAGAAAGGACAAAGCUAUGAAGAAACUACUAAAGAAGAUGGCUUAUGACCGGGAAAAGCAUGAAAAACAAGACAAGAACUCUAAUGAUGCUGAUGUUCCUCAGGGAGUGAUACGGGUGCAAGCGCCUCAUCUUUCAAAAGUUUCCAUGGCAAUACAGCUGACGGAAGAACUAAAAGCCAGUGAUAUAGUAGCCAGGUUUCUCAGCCAGAAAAGUGGAGUUGUCCCAACUCUCCAGAAGGAGGAGGUUUUCCUGUAUGAAAUUGGAGGAAAUAUUGGAGAACGCUGCCUUGAUGAUGACACAUACAUGAAGGACCUUUACCAACUGAACCCAAAUGCUGAGUGGGUUAUAAAGCCUAAGAAUAUUUAAGCUCAUAAGGAACUACAGAAGACCAACCUGUGGACUGACUUCAUAAUACCGCGGGUAUUUCAAAAGGAAAGUGCUUCCUUUUAGCAUUAAAAUGCAUUGAACUGUUAAAGGGAUGUUGUUAAGCCUGUGCAAAAAAAGAACUACAGUGGUUACCAAUAAAUGUAUGCAUUUACUCGGAGUCACCACAAAGUGAUAUCCGAGAUAUCACACAUUCCUCCACCCAUACUUAGAAUAAGAAGUGACUGUUCGGUAACUAAAAUUAAAAUGUCAACUUUUUAAUGGCACCCAUUGUAUCUUGAUGAUAAUCCAGUUUGGUAGGAUUCACUUUUGGUAUAACUUCUGUGAAUUUUAUUUUUCCAAAAAAUGCAUCAUUUUGUAGCAGGGAGACGCACAAUCUGUUUGUGCAAGAUCAUGUCUUCAUAUGUAUUUUUACAGUGCCUACCACACUGAAGGACUCAGUCUUGUUUGAGACUUUUGGGUGGUACUGUAUUGUAAAUAUUUAACAAAAAUGAUGAUUCCAGAGACUUAAGGGUUUCCUGAGUCCCAGUAAGAUUUAUAGAACACAAACUGCAAUGCAGUAUAUCAUAUUUUAGGAAGUAUGUCCCAAGUUUGUUCACUCUUGGGAUAAAUUUUGAUGAAAACUGAUUAAAAAAUAACUUUGUAAAAAGUAUUUUCUGCCCAUCUCUUUUGCUAAAAUCCUUUAAAUUACUUGUAUUAGUAUUUUGGUGAUUUUACUGUAUUCUUGUUGCUAAAGGAUUUCUAAAUGUGACCAUAUGUCAAAGUGAGUCCAUUGGAAAGAUGGCCAUACAAAGAGUGGAAUAUUACAAUGUGAUGUAAAGGCCCACAUUCAUUUCAGUAGAAAUAUAUAGCUACCUUGCAUACAAGUUGGACUUUUCUUAGACUUUUGACAUUUAAAACAUUUAGUGAACUGCCAAAAACUGCCAGUUACUUAUGAACUGCAGAACACAAAUGUUUAGGAUAAAUAAAACAAGUGGGGAGAGUAACCGUGCUCUGAAUUUCAGACCUAGCAAAAUACCAAUCCCACCCACAACUUUAGGCUAAUUCUUCAUUGUAGAGUUAACUUGGGCUGUUAGUCAGGUGUUGUCCCUACCAUUCACACACCACAAAGCCCUCUCAUCUGGUUGCGGUGAUGCUUUACACCGGAGCUAACUGGAGUGUUCUGAGGGGGAUUGAGCUGGUCCAUCCUAGUGGAUUCAGGCUGAAAUACUUCAACACUGAUAGUCCAUCUGUGUCUUCCCACAGAUCUCUCUAUGUGCCCAAGAAAGCAGAAAAGUUUUUCUACAGUAAAAGUUAUAGUGCAGAUUCAGCUGUGGGUUACAAUUCCAGAAGUCAUGAAGGAGAGCAGUACAGUCCUGUAUUGAACCCAUUUAUAUCAACAGCUUGUAUAUAUUGACAAAAAAAAUUUCUAGUCACUUUAAGAAUUGUUAGCAAGUCUUUAUGGUAUAUGUUGAUGUCAACAUAAACUUUUGCCUGUUUAUUUUGGCAAAUACGUUAAGUCGAUAACUGAACUGGAAGCCAUCCUUUCUCAUCAUUUAUAUUGAGAAACUGUCUGACAAACAUUAAGCUGUCCUUAAAAUUGUACAGACAGCUUCUUGUAAUGAAUCUGUGGUGCAUUUACUGAAGUGUGCUUAUAUCAAGUGCUGACACCAGGAAACAAAUUGUGGUUUGAUACAAUGCAAUGGGGGUACAGGUACCGGGUCACUGUUCCUUCACAUGCAGUGCCCGUGUGUGCUGUCUCAUAAGGGCUUUAUUUGAGACUUUUGACUGAAAGUCUCAAAUGAUGCUUUUUAUAAGACCUACAUUGCAGUUGAAACUAAUGAAUACUUGAAUGAAGGCUCGGGUUGAAAUAUCUGGAACAAAAGCAUGCCAUUAAAGUGGAAAAUCAAGAAAAGAAAUCUGCCAAAGCUACCCAUUCUUGGUGUUGGAAAUUAGAAAUGGCUUUGAGGUUUGUAAAGAUGUCAGAUAUUUACCAAACAAUUAUGACAUCAAUAGCAAAGUGUGGAUAACUCACAAAAUGUUCACCCCCCCCCCACCUCUCCCCCUCAACACACACAUUAAGUUUCUAGCCCAAAGGUCAUGGGCUCAUACAGAAUAUUAAGGACCAUUACAAGAAAAUUCUUACCUAUGAAAAGUUGGCAUCCACUGACAGCAGUGAAGAUUUUACUGAAGAUGUGCUUGGGGCUUUCAACAAUCUAAAAAGACAGUUGUGAAUGAAAUAAGAUCAUUCCAAAAUGUUUUCUGCAUGUAUAUUUGCAGUGAUCUAGGUAAAAGAAAAUUUUGGAGAUUGUCAUCACAUUGAAGAUGAUAAAAAUGACAGUCUUGUUUGAAGUUCUGGGUUUGGAAGAAGGGAAGCAUUUAUUGAUUUUUACUAUUAAUAUGGUUGCUGAUGAAUAAUGUACAGCAGCCCUAACAAAUAAGUACAGAUUCAUUGGGAUCACUGUUAACAAGCUGAAGAACAAUAGAGCAAUGGCAAAAAGAAUCUGUCUGUUCUGGAGAAUAUAUCUUGUCUUACUUGCAAGUAUACCUUCUGACGUGUGAAGAAUUACAGUUCCUUUUUGCCCAGUGUAAGUCAUCUCAUUACAGAGGUAGCAGUCAUAUAUUUGGACAGAUUACAGUCUCUGUUGUUUCCCCCAUGAAACAACAUUUAACAAGUGAUCAUAUUGUUCUCAUAUUGUUGAGAAUUUCUUUGCUUAUUGUUUGACUUUUUGAUUUUAUUAUAGUCUAUAAGAACUGCCAUUUACUAGAUCAGACCCAUAAGUCCAUCUAGCCCAGUAUCCUGUCUCAUACAGUGGCAAGGAACAGAGGAGGAUGCACUGGGCAUGUCCAAAUUCUUUACCCUUUAUUCUUGUCCCAUGGCAGCUUCCAACCUUCAGAAAUUUAGGAAGUUCCGAUUUAGAGACCGUACCCCUACUCAGCACAAAAAAAUGUAAUUGAAACAUAUUAGUGAGAACUGAAUAUACAUCAUGUUUACUAAACUAUCAGUCUGGCAAAUAUUGCUCAUGUUGUUAAGUUUUGUGGAUUGUUUACUUCCUCAUUUAUAGUUCAGUGGUUUAUGUUGACAGCUGGCUAUGUCUGCAUAAACCUAAUGGACAAUAAUGUCAGCACAAGAGGUAGGACUGUACUACCCAUGGAUCCAGUAGCUUAAGCUUGAUUUUAUGUGGCUGUUCACACCCAAGUUUGGCUAAUAGGGGCAUUUGGAGCUAAUUACCAAGAUUAACUGCUGUGAAGACAUAAAUACCUCUGAAGCUCAAUUUUCCACAUUAAGUUCAUAAGGCGUCUUAGACUUGCAUCUUGGGGCAAAAUUAGGUCUUUAGGGCCUGAUUCAAACAUCACUGAAAUCAAAGGAAGUUUUUCUGCUUAGUUUUGGUGCAGGUACUAAUACUGUAGUGCUAUAUCUUUUCACCUAAUAGGCAUCUAAAUAGCAUUUAGGCAUGGAAGAGUAAUCCUCUAUUCCUUUCUACUCAAGGCUAUGAAAUCUGUCGCUAUGAGAGGUGGGUGGGCUCUUACUAUUUAGUCUUAAGGGUAAGAUGAAGGCAUGUUGCAAAAGUAGAUAUGGUAUGGUUUUCAGGAACUCAAGCAAGGCAGAAUAGGAUUGUGCUUAGACGCUUGGCUACAUAGGUGCCACUUAGAUAAUUGAUAGAUGGAAGAGAAUCUGGAAAAUAUUAUUUACAAGUGAAUUUAGCAGGAAUGGUCCAUUGUCUCAUCAUCAGCAUAGAUGAUCAUUAAAGCUUGGUUAUAGAUUGUUUUCUAUAGAAAAGGGUUUUAUAUUUUCAGGCAAGUCUGCUGGUGAGUUCUCUCACUUUGGUAGGGGACAGAGGACACAGGUGUCUGCAUGCACAUUUACUUUAAAAAAGAAGAAAAAAGGAUGAAGUAUAUUGAAGUGAAGAAAGAAGUAUUGUUCCCUUGGAUUCUGUGUGGCAAACAGCCCUGUGGAUAGAACAAAAAGUCUAUACUGUAAAUAGAAGGAAGAGAAUAAGAAACAAAAAAUGCUUGCAUAAAUAUUUAUGAGGCUAGAAUAAAAUGAAUGUAAGUAAAAGUUGUGUAAUACAGCGAACUGUGUGUUAAUAAUGCUUUACUUGUAGUUCUUUAAAAACAUAUUACCUGUUACUGGAACUCUAGAGAUUAUUUUAAUUAAGAACAAAAUGCUGAUGAUAGGAUCAGCUCUAAAAUAUCAGCAGAAAAUUAUACAGAACUGCCCUGUGGCUAUGAUGAUUUAAAUAACUUUGUCGCUGGUUUAGUGCCAUUACAUUUUUAUAUUUAAACAGGUCUUUUAUAAUUAUGUUUUUCUUAAUUCUUUUCUCUUUUGAAUUAUUAUACAUGUACAUAAAACAUACACAGGUUAUGCUGUCUAGUUGUUGAAUGAACAUUUUUUAAAAUUCCUUUCUUUAUAAUGUUUACUGUUUGUAGCUUUGUAUAUAAAAAGAUGUUUCAGAUGAAAA